UGCUGAUAUAAACAAGCAGGUAAUUGACGAUCCGCCCGCCGGCCCGGGUUUCCCUUAAAGCACCAGAGACAGUGUCGGACCCAACCUUCUGUGAACAGGCUGACUAUCAUCCCACGCUGCACUCACCACGCAAAGUGCAGCACAAGCAACUUUCAGUGACGCCAUCUCAGGUUACGAAUCUCGCCAGUUGUGCAUUGAUCCGUAAAAGAGAGGGAGUAGGGGAAACUAAGGACAAUUUCAACCCUGCUUUUAACGUCCAAGUUAAUCAAAGAUCGAAAUGCAAACUACUGGCCAGCAGGGAUUGGAGGUGGAAAUAGACGUGGAGAGUUUGGAAGUGGAAGAUGAAGAUUUGCUCGAUUCGCCCGAGGUCGUGUCAGGCCAGAGGGAAGAUGGGUCGGCCGAGAUCAGCAAGAAACACAUGGGGGCCAACGGAGAGCAGAGGAAACUGAGCCGUACCCCGAAAUGUGCCCGCUGUAGAAAUCAUGGGGUGGUGUCAUGUCUGAAGGGCCACAAGCGAUUCUGUCGAUGGAGGGACUGUCAGUGCGCCAACUGUCUUCUGGUCGUGGAGAGGCAGAGGGUGAUGGCAGCUCAGGUGGCGCUCCGGAGGCAGCAGGCUACUGAGGAUAAGAAAGGAUUGUUGAGCAAACACAACCUGGCAGAACGCAGGGCCGUAUACCAAAGGCACCUGAGAACACCGAGCCUGCUGGCUAAGAGCAUUUUAGAAGGCUAUCGGCCAGUCGCACAUGACCCAUACAUGAGAGGGAGCCCGCCCUUACCCCCUCCAGUUAGUGACCGGAUGCGAAAGAGGCGCGCUUUUGCUGACAAGGAGUUGGAGAGCAUCAUGAUGGAAAGAGAGUACAAGGAGAGGGAGAUGAUUGAGGCUGCCCAAGCCGCCGCCGCGUUUUUCCUUCCCAGCGGCAUGGUCCACGCAGCCGAGUACAAUUCCUGCAAAUCCAACUACACGGCCCCGCAGAUUGAUCGAGCUGCCAAAGAACCCCCCCAGCACUGCAAUUUUAUCCCCUCCUGCCUCGAUCGAACGAUGCAGUAUUCGGGGUCGGACAGAGCAGUGGAACUCAUAUCUUCCAACGUAAGCGUGGCCACCACCUAUCGCCAGUACCCGCUGGCCCCGAGGCUGAUGGUCUGGCCAAAAUGUGGAGGCAUCAACGACGCCCUCUUAUACCAACAGUAUCUCCUGAAUGCCAGUGGUUCCCUUCAGAGUCUCAAACCCGCAGCUGUUUGGGAUCCUAAAGGAAGUUCGGUGCUGGAAAGUCAUAUGGCCAACGAUGGCCAAGAUUUGCCAAAAAGACAAACGCGGGAGAUGCAACAUGCGCCGGGCGAACUGCGAGAGGUGACCUCGCUUCUCCAGCCGGCGUUGGAGAUGCCCUGCUCGGCCUUCUCUCCGCCAAAGAAAGGCCCCUCGCACCUUUCCGAAGGCAGCCUGUCACCUCCGCUGCAGCCACCGGGCAACCAGGCCAGCAUAGAAAACUCCCAGCCAUUAUUUCCAGUGAAGCUGAACUCGGGCCAAGCCUUCCUGACACAGCAGCCCAGCGGUCAACCGGUGCACUGUGACAAACCUGCAUCUGAGCUGAAAGCUUUCAUCAGUAAAGAUAUCCUCGAAGAGGCGGCCAGGAAGUACAGAGAACAAGCUAUGAAAGAAAACCAGACAUAUAAAAAUUCCACCGAAAAGUAUAUGAACGGUUUGAUGGUUUCUAAGCAAGUGGGGACAAAAAUAUCACCUUCCGAGUCGCUCUCGUUUUCUGUUGAAUCGAUCCUUAAACGGCCCUCGCCGUCUCUAACUCGUACUUAUCAAUGAACACCCUAUUCCAAACUGUACUGCUUAGAAUUAAAAUAGCUUUCAGUUAAAUUUCGAGACCAAAACUGCCUUUUAUGUAAAUGUGCUUGUGAUGUAUUUGUUUUGAUCAUUGUUCUGUAGUACAGAAUUCAGCAUGAUCCGUGUAUCUUUCAUGUUGCGAGAGUAUAUUUAAAGAUAUCUUGAGGUUUUUUUUUUGAGAAUUACAAAAUAUCAAACUUUUCUGCACUGAAAAGCAAAUGCAUAGCUAAAAUAAAAAAAAGAUAUUUUGGAA